CGCGAGGUGGACCUGGCGCUCGCGGGCCAGGACAUCCAGAUGGCCGCGACGACUUUCGGGCAUGAGGUGGAGUUGGCGCUCCACUGCGGGAAGAAGAACCGCAGCUGGGGCAAGGGCUUGGGCGACGGCUCCACCGCGGGCGAGACCGAGCUCGCUGGGUGCAACACGUCGCGCGGCAUCGUGAACGAGCUCGCGGAGAGCCCGUCGCCGACGCUGGACGGGGCAGCCGUCGCCCGGUUCCUCCUGUCUCGGAGCAGCCAGUGGCUCACCCGCGACCCGAGUGGGAUGCGCGACGCGGCGCCGUUGCGCAAGUUUGCGGGGCAGGCCGGCGCCGACCCCAUGUGGCUCAUCACGAAAACGAAGCUCCCGCGCCCGGGCUGCCCGAACGACGCCCUGGCCAUCCUCGCCUCCCUACGGGAUUUCCACGAGAGCCGCGUGGCUGGCUUCUGUGGGAGGGCGCCGAAGUCCGAGGUGAAGACGAUCAUCGAUGCUAUCCAGCAGUGCGUGAAGGACGAGCGCGUCGCGCCGGAGACCGUGAACGUCGCCGACGCCGCCAAGAAGCGAGAGGCCCUCGAGCGUAUCAGCCAUCUGUACCACAAGGAGGUCACGAACGACGCGAACGGCAUGACUGCGACGUUCACCGGGGCGAAGGCGCUGAAGCACCUGCUCGGCGCCUUGGGGCAGAAGGUGGCGCAGGGCGACAACAUCAGCGUGAACGACACCAUGCCGCUGAGGGUGCUGAACUACGUGUUGGACGAGGACGACUAG